CCCGGCUAUCAAUCAGGCUAGCCAGCCGGCUAGCUAAAUGGGUGGGUUAGGCUGAGGGAUUUGCUCUUCAGCCUCGCAGGAACGGCGGAAAGUGGGUUCUUUUUUUUUUUUUUUUGCAUGCGUGGGGGAAGUAAGCAAGCAGCUACUGGCCGUCGCGUCAAAAGAAAAGAGGAAGAGAUGCCCUCGGCGGGAGAGAAUUGCCACCCGUGCAGGAAGCUCAGAUCAAGAUCGCUCUUUCGUUUCCCUAAGCACUCCUCCCUGUAGUCUGCUUACCUCCCUCCGGAUCACAGGUGAAAAUGAACUUCAGCUUCCUCGGAUGAUUUGACUUGGUCCUUCGCUCCCCCACCUCACCCCCACCCACCCCGGUUUCCCUUCCCUCCUGUUUCCUUUCUGCAAUGCUUUGGAAAAGCAAGAACCAGAGGCUGACGUCUCACCCAGAAUGAAGAGGUGCAAGUCAGAUGAGCUGCAGCAGUUAGACGGAGACUCUGCUGGGACAGAAGAUGCUCUCCUCCUGCCAGCCAUGGAUGCCAAGCUUGGGGACUCAGCUGCUGCUCCGGUGGAUUUGUGUGUCUCCAAUCCAAACCCAGCUCCCCAUCCUGUUACCCGGAGCAAACCUCCUGAUUUAAAGAAGAUACAACAGCUGUCUGAAGGUUCUAUGUUUGGUCAUGGACUCAAACAUCUUUUCCAUAGUCGUAGGCGAUCCCGGGAACGGGAGCAUCAGAAUUCCCAGGAGUCAUCCCAGCAACACCAUGGCAUGUCUGAUCAUGACUCCCCUGAUGAAAAAGAACGUUCUCCUGAGAUGCAUCGUGUCUCUUAUGCUGUGUCUCUCCAUGAUCUCCCAGCUCGACCCACUGCCUUCAACAGGGUGUUACAGCAGAUUCGCUCCCGUCCUUCCAUCAAGAGAGGAACCAGUUUGCAUAGUGGCAGUCGCCGAGCCAAGAGUGGCUCCGUAGAACCACAAAAAAGCAGUCCACACCUUGUGCGCAGGGCCCCCCAGGAUAGCAGCCUGACAGCAAUCCUGCAUCAACAUCAAGGCCGGCCAAGAUCUUCAUCUACUACAGACACUACUAUCCUUAUGGCUGAAAGUGGGAACGUUUACCUUCUGACAGAAGAGUCUGAAUGCCUCACUGACAAGUUGGACAAGGGGGAUGUGAGCCAACUCAGCCUGCCUUCCAAUACAAGCCACAGUGAUGCUGAAAGCAACAUCUGUCUUGAUGUUCCAGAUGGCAACCCUGACCCGCAGAGGACGAAAGCUGCCAUUGACCAUCUGCACCAGAAGAUUCUUAAGAUCACGGAGCAAAUAAAAAUUGAGCAGGAGGCUCGAGAUGACAAUGUAGCUGAAUACCUGAAGCUUGCUAAUAAUGCUGAUAAGCAGCAAGCCUCUCGUAUCAAGCAGGUCUUUGAGAAGAAGAACCAGAAGUCAGCCCAGACCAUUGCCCAGCUGCAUAAGAAGCUUGAGCAUUACCACAAAAAACUAAAGGAGAUUGAACAAAAUGGGCCGACACGUCAGCCCAAAGAUGUCUUCCGGGACAUGCAUCAGGGACUCAAGGAUGUAGGAGCCAAUGUUCGCUCCAGUAUUAGUGGUUUUGGUGGUGGUGUGGUAGAGGGGGUCAAGGGUGGGUUGUCAGGCCUUACUCAAGCAACACACACAGCUGUCGUUUCCAAGCCCCGUGAGUUUGCAAGUUUAAUACGCAACAAAUUUGGCAGUGCAGACAACAUUGCCCACUUAAAGGAUACUCUGGAUGAUGGGCACCCAGAAGAGACCUCACGGACUCUGAGUGGCAGCGCUACCCUUGUGUCCAGUCCCAAAUAUGGAAGCGAUGAUGAGUGCUCCAGUGCCACUUCUGGCUCAGCAGCUGGUAGCAAUUCUGUGGCUGGUCCUGGGGGCUUGGGCAGUCCUAAGUCUAACACCUUGGAAAGUCAUCAUUAUAACUUCGACACCAUUGUAGAAGAACUGAGAGAUAUUAAGGACAUUCAAUCCCAUCUCGAGGACUCCAUGGAAGAACUCAAGGCUCAGCUCCAACGAGACUAUACAUACAUGACUCAAUGCUUGCAGGAGGAACGAUACAGAUAUGAACGCUUGGAAGAGCAGCUCAAUGACCUGACUGAGCUUCAUCAGAAUGAGAUGACCAAUUUGAAGCAGGAACUGGCCAGCAUGGAAGAGAAGGUGGCUUACCAGUCCUACGAAAGGGCCAGGGAUAUUCAGGAAGCUGUGGAGUCCUGCCUGACUCGGGUCACCAAGCUAGAACUGCAGCAGCAGCAACAGCAAGUGGUGCAACUAGAAGGAGUGGAAAACGCCAAUGCCCGUGCUCUAUUGGGAAAAUUCAUCAAUGUCAUCUUGGCCUUAAUGGCCGUGCUGCUGGUCUUUGUCUCCACCAUUGCUAGUUUCAUCACUCCAAUGGUGAAGACCCGCAUGCGUCUCCUGAGCACUACCUUACUACUGCUUUUUGUCUUCCUCCUCUGGAAGCACUGGGACUCCAUCACUUAUCUCCUGGAACAUGUGUUGCUGCCUAGCUGAUUUUCUUGGCAGCCAGUUGCUGCGGCUAGAGGGAGUUCAUUUCUUGUAGAAAGGAAGUAAAACUGAGGCAACUUCCAGUUGGUUUUAUGUCCAUUUGGAGUGUGCAAUUCUCACUUGCUUCCUCUUCAGAGCCUUUUGUUGUUGUGUCCAACAUUGUCUCAGCAGUAGGGAGAGUAAUUACAGUGGAGCUUAUGAAAGGCUUACUGUGUCACACCUCUCCUCUGGAAUGCUCUUGCAAGGCAGAAUGGGAAGACAAAUAACCCCCAUAAAGAGAUCAAUCUUUCCGGUUUUAUCCAUUCCUUAAAUAAGAUAAAGGGAUGAUGAUGAUGAGGGCAGUAAUUUAUGUACAAUCAAAAUGGUCUUCUCUAAAAAGCAGUUGUGUAGUUAUGGAUUUUCUUCUAUGUUGGAGAGAAGUGAUGGAACAUUUAUCAGUGUAGUAAUAUAUGAAGACAAAGACAAAGAUUCGACACUGAACUUUUUCUUUUUAUAACUCAUGAAGAUGAAAACAAUCCAAGAAUUAAAUUGUGCAUACAACAGAAGAUAAUUCAGGUGACAACAUGGAGCUUACUUUCCCUUCCCAUAGGACAACUGAAAUUUCCAGAUAUUUAGCUGGACUGCUUCAUGUCAUGGAUUUAUUGUCCUUGUGCGUUGGUUUAUGAACUAAUGACAACAGGAUCUGAGGAGAAAGCAUUGAGCCUUCUGAACCAACUGUUUUGGUUGGCUUUGUUUUCACUUGUUUUCCUUUUUGAUAUUUCCAUGGACUUUAGAAAUACUUAUAAUCUUUACAGUGUGUGUGCGCGUGUGUGUGUAAGUGUGCAUGUGUUAAUUUAUUGAUUUCAGAAUUUUUUUUUUAAAACCAAGCAUUAGUAAGCAGUCACCUGCCUUCACUUGAUGGAGGGCUUUAACGUGCUCUAAUAGCAAUAAACCCUCAGUCUGCACAAAAUGAAUGAGCCACCACUUGAAUUCGACAGUGUUCAUUAAUUAGGAGCAGUAGAUAAUUUGUCCAACUGUCACUGGAGACUUUGGAGAAAUCAUACCCUUUGAUAGACAUUUUCUCAUGAAAGGAUAAGCAUCUGAUAUGCAUCAUCUGGUCCUGGGAUAUUCCUCUGGUACUUAUUUGAAGAUAGCAAUUGUUGCAACUCAUUUGAUGCCAUUUUUUUUUCAGCUGAAACUAUCAGAUCAUGGCAUAUUGUAAGUUGAAAGCUUAAAUUGUAUUGAUUUGACUAGGGAGUUUAUGUCAGAUGAUAUUUUAGCAUCUGUUCAUAUUCUGCUGAGAUAUACUUGCUCUUCUGGGCAACAGAGAGACUUAAUUGCAUGUUAGGAUUAAAGGGCUGGAAUCUAAAUAUCUAACAGAAUGAAAUGGGAGAGUCCUGAGAUAGUGGAGAACGGACUCAUGGCAUGGCUAUCCUCAUUCUCUUUUACCACUUUAUUCUGUUGCAUGUGUAGAUAUUGUUUGAAAACUAUAGGUGUUUAUUUUGCACUUACAAGAACUUUGAACAGCCCUUGUUAUAGAUAGGAAAAGAAAAGAUAGUGCUGACAGCUAUGAGGAUCUGCUCAUCUACAAGUGAGCAAGGUAGAAGGAGUUAUUUUCUGUGUAACACAGGAAAUUAUGAACGUUUAAUUUUUGCAGUAGUUGCUUCCAUUCCCCAGCAUCAAGACAACCAAUAAGGAUGCAUCUGUUUGACUUCAUUCUCCUUAGGACUACGAAAGGCUGAAUAACUUCACCUUGUCAAAACAAUGAUUUUAUUCUCUCUUCACUGGUCUUCUCUCCUGUAACCAUACUGCACAUUUGCUCUUUAUUACACAAAACAUUCCUGGGUUCUUUUUGGUAAAAUAAUAUCUACAGGGAAUAAUUUUAGGCAAAAUAACAGUCAGCCUGGUUCAGCUCUGAGCACCUCUGUUUUACUCACUGCUAGCACUUAGAAAUGGGAAAAUGGUUCUAGUUAAAGCAGCUGAGACCAAAACAUGGGCCUACAUGUUUGAAUAGCGUCAUGGAAUUUUGGCCUGAGGCUGAUUUUUUUCCCUGUAGAGGCCUAACUCUUGAUUUUUCCUAAGUACUAUGUUUUUCUAAAGACAAAAUUCCCUCAAAUGUAAGCAUCGUUCUGCCCUUAAUAAGCCCUGGAAAUGUGAAGAACCCAACCUUCAUUUAGGCAUCUGCUUGAUUUGUAUAUUUUCUUGAAAAAGUCUGGAAACCAGUCUUUAUCAUCGGUUACAGAAAGAUCUGAUUUUAUAUUGUAAUUUGAAUGGGUAACAUAUUAAAUGAUGUUAAGAUGAAUGCUGAAUGAGGUAGAAAGGAGAUGUUGGUUGCAAGGAAAGUGCUGUCCUGGAAGAUAAAAUUAAAAAAAAUGUUGGCCACUAUCUGUGGUGAAAGCGUAAUUGUGCAGGAUUGGAUCUUUCAUCUAUUAUGGUUCUUAUUUUGCACUGUUCCUGACUUCUCCCUGUCAGUAAAUGACAGUAGGAAUCGGAAAGCAAAGUGGCUUUAUUAAAGAAAGUUUGUGGUGCUGUUCCUAGGUGCUGUUCCUUGCUUUCAACAGCAAUAGGAGAGUAUAAUUAUUUGGAAUGUUUGUCUCUUACUUAUUCCCCAUUCCAUUCUUUUCCCCCCUCCUCUAGUGAGCUAUUGCAGGGGUCUCCAACCUUGUGGAUUUCAACUCAAAGAAUUUCUGUGAGAAAGUCUGUGAGUUGAAGUCCGUAAGUCUUAAAGUUGCCAAGGUUGAAGACCCCUUCAACCUGAUCUAUUGGCCUGUAAAUGCCAUUGUACACGUUAGAAGGUAUAUAUUUUGAUUGGAAUGUUUGAAAUGAUAAGUUUAAGUAUAAAUUGAUGGGAGAAAAGCUGGUGAUUGGGAGGGGAGGGAAGCAAACAGUCGAUUGCCAUAAUUCUUUGUGGCCUUAGAUUGCAUUUAGCAUCCCAAAUUCAGCUGAUUCAGAGUACUGUUCCCCCCGCCCUUCGCUCCCUAGGUGUGGCAUUGGCCACAUACUGAGUUUCCUGAAAGCAUAAAUUUCUGCCUCUUUAGGAUAAAUCUGUGCAUGCUAUGAAAAUGAUUCAGAAGGACUGCUUUGGGCCUCAGGCAAGCACAACACUUCUUCUCUGUUCAUUAAAAUAGCCCCCCUUUGCAGGCUUCCGCACAAACCUGAAGAAAAGAGGCAGCUCCUUCAGUCACCCCAUAAAUGGGAUGAAUUCACUCCUUGAAGCUGCUUUUAGGCAUAGGAGAAACUGCUGUGUUCCCAGGAGAUCUGCUCUCCCUCUGAAUAUUUUUGAAUCAUACUAUACCUUAGUUUAGGAUUCCUAUCACGCCAUCAGUUAUACCAUUAUAUAUUUAAAUAUAUGUAUGGAGGAUUCUCAUGAUACUCUAUGUUAAAGUCUAAACCUCACCCUCAGGCAUAGUCCUUUUCUGAAAAGAACUAUGAAUGUUUGACUGUAUUUAUUAUGUAUGCUUGAAUCUUUCCCACCCACUCCCCUAGCCCUAUACUAUAAUAUUAUAUUUCUUUUUCACUAGGAGCCCUAGGCAAGCCCUGCAGGUUUGAAUUGAUUUACUGUGCUUUUUCAUUUACUUUUUUUUUUUCCAAAUAAAAUGAGAUUCAAAACUUUGGCAUAAGAAAAGUGCUUCAUUAAGCCUGUUAGUACCAUUAUUCACAAGGAAAGAAAUACACAGCAAUUUACUGAAUGGGGAAAAAUGUUAGCCACAAACUUUUAGAACAGAGGUAUCCAAACUUGGCAGCUUUAAGACUUGUGGCUGAGGAAUUCUGGGAGUUGAAGUCCACAAAUCUUAAAGUUUGGAGACCUCUGUUUUAGAACAGAGUUUCUUAAACCUGGAGAUGUGUGGAUUUCACCUCCUGAAAUUUUCCAGCCGGUAUGUUAUGACCAGUUAUCCUUAACUUGGGGAAAGAUUUAACUUUCCCCAGGCUGAGGAUAGCUGAGCUUUAACAUACCGGCUAUUAGAUAUUUUGCUGGUUCCCAAGUGCCCUUAUUUAUCCAGAUUUUGCCAUGUUGGGCAACCUAUUAGCUUCAGCCUGAAACUCCAUAUCCCUUAUUUUUUUGAAUGAGCAGUUGUUUGGGAUUCUGGAAGAUAUGAUUCUUGUCUGGCAGACAAUCUGUUUUCUGCAGAAAAACCAUGUUUGCUGAAAAAUAUUCAGAAGGCCCAGAAUGGCCAAACCAAAUUUCUAGUGAAUCCCAGAAGACCAGACUCUCAGUCUUUGCACAAGACUUCAUCCUUCUGCAGAAUUAGCUAAACCAGGAGUUGGUAUUUACAAUGGAUUAAUUUGCUUAAAGAAAGUUUUCCCUUACAGAGAAAAGAUGGAACUGUUGUGGUAAAAUUUGGCUCAGACCUGCUUGCUGAGAAGUGAAUGUGGAAUAACAAAUCUGUGGAAGGAAUGCACAGAAGAUGACGGACUGCAAUUAUCAGAACAAGAACUGAUAGAUAGAAUUUGUAACGAAGCAGAUUUUGGAUAAACAUCAGGAAAGAAUGCCUUGUAGUGAGAGCUAUUCAGUCGUAGAAUGGCUGCCAUAGAAGUGGCAGCUGCUUCUUUGCCGCUGGUCUUUCAGCAAUGGUUGAACAGCAAUGGGUCAGGGGCACUAUAGCUGUAUUGCAGAUCCUCUAUUAGGCAGGCAAUUAAAUUAUCUCCAGUGCCACUUCCAACUCAAUAAUUCUAUUAUUUAAGAAGAGCUACUGCUGAAGGUUCCAUGAAGGGUUAUAUUUUUAAAAAGUGGGACAACCCAGUUUAAGAGAGGCUCAUUUCUACUCAGUCCGUUUCUGAGUAUAAAUCUGCACUCAUCCACCUUUUGUGUUCACCUGCCUAUGAUUUGACUCUGAAUAUUUAUUCAAAUCUCACCAGGCUCAAGGUUGACUCAGCCUUCCAUCCUUUCUAAAAUAGGUAAAAUGAGGACCCAGAUUAUGGGGGCAAUAAGCUGACUUUGUAUAAAUAUACAAAAGUAUGAAGGCUAUUGCUUAAUGCAUUGUAAGCCACCCUGAGACUCCGGAGAAGGGCGGCAUAUAAAUCAAAUAAAAAAAAAAAGAGAGAGAGAGAGACUCUCUUUGCAUCUUCCACCAAAUAAUAUUGACUAUUAAUUCUCUUCCUGCUCCAUGUAUACUUUCAAUUCUUUAUUUAAGAUUUUUAUAUAUAGAAUUCUGGUAUGUAGGCAGUGAAUCCCUUUCAUCAUUCCUACCUACAAAUGAUCCUUUACUCAAUAUUAGGUUAAAUAUGAUGGCAUAGGUGAAUGGAAGAAGGUCAGACUCCUGCAAGAAGUCUCAAAUGCUGGAUUUAGUACGAGCAAUCUGCUACCAGAAGCAUUUUGUCUAUUUAUAAAGCCCCAGAAAAUGAUAGGCCCUGCUAAUCUAAGGCUGGAGUUCACUCACUGCAUUUGAAACUAGCUGAGACACUAUAUCAGAGUGAAAUUCAAACCCAAAGAGCAAAACAAUUUGCACAUUAAUGAUUCAAAGAGAAUUAGAGCUUUGCUGUUGAAAGUACUUAAUACCACUAUCUUUGUAGGAGACUUCAGAAUGGACAAUAAACAUUCCCUUUGUUUCCCAAGGAUCAAUCCAACAUUUUCAGUCAAUGUACAGAGACAGAAGGCUCAAAGGCAACUUGAAGCAUAAAGUGUAGGAAUUGCAUCUUACAAUCAAUGAGAGAUAAUGUCUUCAGUAUAGUGGACCAUUAUAGAAGAAACUAAAAUUUGGGCCCAUAUAUUUUCCAGAUCCUUGGUUCCAGCUUAAAAGGAAGGCAGACACACAGGAGCAGUGCCAACCUCCCACCUAGAAUUAAAAGAACAAUAGAGUUUGAGUUACAGUAAUUGUUACCACACAUCAGUCUUCAUUAAAGAGGUUCUCAGCAGUUCUAUUCCUUGGGGAGAAAACCUCUUUCCUCACAUGGGUAUUGACUGGAAUUGCAUGAAGGUAUUUGGAUUUGUAGCCCAUGUUGUCUUUGGGAUGGCAAUAUAUAUUAGAGCGAAGGAUACGGAUCAGUAAAAUAUGAAAGGUGACUGCACAGACUAAAAAUAUCUCAAUUGCCAUCAAUACUACCUUUAGUUCCUAUCACUGAUAGCUAGAUUUAUCAAGGUUUAAUUUAUUAAGGCAAUGGCAAACAACUAAAAACAUUGAGUCAGGUAGAGGCCUUGUAUUGUUUUUGGGAUUCUCCGUGUGAAUUAGCUGCAAAAGGAUUCGUUUAUACAUCAAAAUAAAUACUUGAAGUUUUGUCCUGGCUUUAAAUGGGAGAAAGUCAGAUUAAGCCAAGAUUAUCUGGAUUAUGAUUCACCUUGUCAUCAGUCAGAAGGAUUUACUGUUCUGCUUAAGCUUUCACAUCUAAUCCACUUUCAAGGACAACUUUGGUGUACACAUAUCGCGAGUACAAUCACAAACCUGAAUAAUAAAGACAAAUGUGCUAUCUUCAAA